UCUCUUUCUUCCGUUCCAGAACAACACACCAUGGAAAACCAGACCAUGGACUGGACACAGACAACAGAAUUUGACUAUGGUGAUUCAGCACCGUGCCCAGGAAUUGAGGAAAAGCACUUUGCAGCAAAACUGUUGCCACCACUUUAUUCUUUGGUGGUGAUAUUUGGCCUCACAGGCAACCUGCUCGUUGUCCUUAUCCUGGUAAAAUACAAGAGAUUGAAGAGCAUGACUGACAUCUACCUGCUCAACUUGGCAGUUUCUGAUUUGCUCUUUAUAUUUUCUCUCCCUUUUUGGGCUUAUUAUGCUGCUCAUGACUGGAUUUUUGGGGAUGUGCUGUGUAAAAUGCUCUCAGGUAUCUACCUCCUUGGCUUCUACAGUGGGAUCUUUUUCAUCAUCCUGUUGACCCUAGACAGGUACCUGGCCAUCGUGCAUGCCGUGUUUGCUUUGAAAGCCAGGACAGUUACCUAUGGCAUCCUCACCAGUGUUGUCACCUGGGCUGUUGCUAUUUUUGCUUCUGUUCCUGGGAUAGUGUUUCACAAAGCUCAGAAGGAACAUGCACAUUACACUUGCAGUGCUCAUUAUCCAAGCGAAGCCACAAUAAAUUGGAAGUACUCUUACAUUUUAAAGAUGAACAUUCUGGGACUUAUUGUUCCAAUGCUCAUUAUGAUUUUUAGUUACUCACAAAUUCUAAGAACAUUAUUGCGAUGCAGGAAUGAGAAAAAGCAGAAGGCAGUCAGACUGAUUUUCAUGAUCAUGAUUUUUUACUUCAUCUUCUGGACACCGUUCCAUAUUUCUUCUUUUUUGCAUACGUUUCAAAGUUCACUUUUCUUCACAAACUGUGAAAUCAAAGGUCAGCUGGAGAAAGCAAUCCAAGUGACAGAGACCAUCUCAAUGGUCCACUGCUGCAUCAACCCCGUGAUCUAUGCGUUUGUGGGAGAGAAGUUCAGGAAAUACCUUUAUGCCUUUUUCCGAAGGCACAUCGCAGCCCACCUCUGCAAAAAAUGUCCAGGUCUGUACCGUGAAAAGCUAGAAAGAGCUAGUUCCACCUUCACACCCUCCACUGCAGAGCAUGACAUCUCUGUUGGACUGUAG